CCUCUCUCUGUCUCACAAACGUUUUCAAAUUUUGUUGUUUGUUUGUUGUCUCUUCAACAAGGUCUCAAACGAUCGCUGCGUCGUCCCCAUCUCUCUCUCCUCCUUUCAUUCCCCUUCUAUUUUGGAUCUUUCUUACUUGCGUACUCACCAAGGAAACCAAAAAGGAAAAUCAGAUUUGCGGUGCGUUAGGUUUUUCUUUUCUCUCUUCUUCAAGACAAAAUGGGACAAAAGAAUUUGAUCUACAGCUUCGUUGGUCGUGGCACGGUGAUUCUUGUCGAGUAUACUGAGUUUAAAGGCAAUUUUACUUCCGUCGCUGCACAAUGCCUCCAGAAACUCCCUUCUUCAAACAACAAGUUUACCUACAACUGCGACGGUCACACCUUUAAUUACCUCGUCGAAAAUGGCUUCACGUAUUGCGUUGUUGCUGUUGAAGCUGUUGGGAGGCAGAUUCCAAUGGCCUUCUUGGAGCGAAUCAAAGAAGAUUUCAGCAAGAGAUAUGGUGGUGGGAAGGCCACCAAUGCUAAACCCAACAGCUUGAACAAAGAGUUUGGGUCUAAGCUAAAGGAGCAUAUGCAGUACUGUGUGGAUCAUCCUGAGGAGAUUAACAAACUUGCUAAGGUUAAGGCUCAAGUGACUGAGGUGAAAGGAGUUAUGAUGGAGAACAUUGAGAAGGUCCUUGACCGAGGUGAGAAAAUUGAGCUUCUAGUGGACAAAACUGAGGACCUUCGUUCACAUGCACAAGAUUUCAGAACGCAAGGAACGAAAAUAAGAAGAAAGAUGUGGUGGGAGAACAUGAAGAUUAAGCUCAUAGUCGCUGGUAUCAUCAUUGCCUUGAUUCUCAUCAUCAUCAUCUCGGUUUGUCCUGGUUUCAAGUGUACUUGAAAAGAAGAACACGUUGAUAGAUUGUAAGCCCAUCAUAUUGCUAUACUAACCUAACUCCUCCCGGUAUUUACCCUUCUAUUUUGAUCUUUUUUGUUUUCGCAGUGUCUAUUUUAUAGUUCUUUUUUUUUAAGUUUGUUAGGGAAAAGCAAUAUGAUGACUCAGUAUUGACAAAUGAUCCUUUGGGUCGUGAAUGUUUGGAAAGAGAUUUAAGCU